UUUUUCUUUUUUUUUUUUUUUGAAAAAAUUCUUUAAUGUCUAAAUUAGAUUUACUGGCAUUCAAUGUUAAAAAUAGCUUUGAAGGUGAAAAGUUUGAAAAAGCAUUAAAUUGGUUACCAAAGAAUGAACAUGCCUCUAUUUUAAGAUACAAAUUCGAUAAAGAUCGACAUUUAGCUUUAGCUAAUCGACUACUGCGUCGACAUUACUUUUCAAAUGAACUAAAUAUAAGCUGGUUUGACUUGGAGUUUGAUCGUUUACCAGCAGGAAAACCUAUUUUGAAAAACGCAAAGUCAAAAAAUUAUGAUUUUAACACUUCACAUGAAGGUGAUUGGGUUAUUUUUGGAUGCACAAAAGAUAUGAAGAUUGGUGUUGACGCUGUAGUGAUUGAUAAACCAAAAAGUGGUUCAAUUGACUCUUUUAUAAAGAGCUUCUCUCCACAAUUUACACAAAAUGAAAUGCAGCUAAUUAUAAAUCAUGAUAACGAAGAUAGUCGACUUGAGACUUUUUAUCAAUUUUGGGGAUGUAAAGAGAGUUAUACAAAGGCAGUUGGUCUUGGAUUAUCAUUAGAUCUUUCGAAAUUAGAAUUCUUAAAUGAAGAAAAGAAGAUUGAUAUAAGCUUCGAAGGCAAUAAACUCAAUUCAUGGCUAUUUCAUAUCAGCUAUUUAGAUCCAGUUACACUUGCUGUCAUAUGUUGUGGUUAUGAUGAGUCACAUAGAAAACUAGAUGAUGAUAUAGAGACAUUGGCUCAAUCAACUCUUCUUUUAGGUCAAUGUUUACGUAAUAUAAAUCAAACCAAAGACAUCUUUACUCCUAUUACAUUUGAAGAUAUUGAAAAUAAUAAAUGGAUUUUACGCACAUAGUUAACAAUGUAUCCUUUAUAGUGUGAACUGCAUAAAGAAUACAAGGAAUAAACUCUUGUCUCACAUUGUCUAAAAUAAUGAUGUUAUUAUUUAUCAUAAAGAAGAUAUCCUAUUUAUUGCUGCUGCUGCUGUUUAUUUAAUAUCUUUUUUUUUUCGCGAUUAAAUUUAUUAUUCUCGUGCUCGAAAUAUAAAUGGUGAAAUGGUG